CACCAUAUUACAGCGAUUCCUUGUUUCUCACCGCGGGUUGCGGGAGCGCGCAUCGCUCCUCCUGUCCAGUCUGCGGCGGUAACGUAGCAACCAGAAGAAGAAGUAGUCGUAGAAGAAGAAAGAUGCGGAAGCGCUGCUGUUGUUGGAAGUGAAACUGUCCGAUUAGAUUUACCUUAAUUAUGUUAAUUUAACGUGUAUGGCGGUGUGCGAGGCAGGUAUUCCCGAUAGAAGGGUUGUAUGCUGCGUGUAAAUAUAAAUUCGUGUGCCGGAACGUUUCAAACGCCAAAGAAGACAAUUUGCAAGCAGUGUUAGCUGCAGUCUGUCUCUUCUGUGGCGUCAACUGGAAAAUGUCAAAAAAAUCCAAGAAGCGAAAGCGCAGGAAGUCGUCAUCCUCAAGCGAAGAAGUUGAUGAGGAAGAAGAUGUUACUAAGAAUUACAAAAGUGAGAAGACGAAGCAAGAUGUAAACAGUCAGGAGAGAAGUCUGGCAGCAAAGCAAGAAAAGUGUGAAAAGUCGACGUGCAAGAAGUCACCAACUUUGAGGAAAGGAAAUGUGAAGCCAUCCAAUGAAGAAGAUGUUACUAAAAAUGCCAGAAGUGGAAAGAAAAAGCAAGACAGCAACAGUCGGGAGAGGAGUUGUGGAGCAAAAGAAGAAGAUUCUACUUCAAGUACCGUCAAAGAUGCUUCCCGAAGCACCCGCCACAUAAAAAGACCUGUCUACAGACUAUCAAAAACACAAACAACAGACCUGAAACCUGUUGAUCAGCAAGAAGAACGCUCAAAACCAAAAAGUGAAAUUUUGAGUAAAGAUAAAACGUUAAGUACGCGUAAGACUACGGAGAGGAAAAGCUUGAAACCAUCAAGUAAUGCAAGUAGACUUCCUCAGAGGACAGAGAAGACAUCUAAAGGCACGACAGAUUCCAAAUCCUCCCAGAGUAGCACAUCCACAUUAAAAAAGCAGCGAAUGAGUCCCAGUUUGGUUUCUGCUGAACAGAUAGAAGAGAGGCAGGACGCACUGAAGGCAAAGUGCAAAGCUGAGGAACCAAAGAGGACUGCAAAUGAAAGCAACACGAUCAAGACCAGAGAACCAUGCAAGGCCUCCUCUGUCACGCAGGAUUCUUCAUGGGAGAAGAGCAGAGACACUUUUAAGAAAAUGUGCCAAAAGCAUCAAGAAAAUAAGGCCCAAAAGAGCCUAUGUACAGAAGCAAAAACCUCAUCUGUCUCUACUGCAAAGCAUUCCUCCACUUCAUUCAAGCAGACUACCUCAGUUAGUAGCUCAAACGUGGUGGUCGGAAAAAUCCCAGGGAAGCUCACAUCGAUGUCAUGGAAGCCAGUCGAGUCAUCAUCUGUUAAGCAACAAAAAGGAUGUCAUGCAUCUCCUCUGCCUUUUCAGUUUAAGAUUUUAAAAAAGGUUCCACCAAGAACUAGCACCAGUAACAACGAUGGCGAUAGUUCUUCUCACGGGAAACUCAAACACGGAACUGAGCGUUCAGACUCAUCAUCCGGCAGUAAUGCCGUGCAGGAAACUGUCCAUCAAACUCACAACUCUUUGGAUGUUACACCUAGUUCCUCCUCUGAAGGACAAGAUAAGGGGUUGUUUUCGCUAGACCGACUCCCACCUAAGCUUCAAUCAGACCCUGAGCCGCGGGUCAACCAGAUGCUGGUGGUUGAAGAGCUUCACCUCGCCCGCUCCGAGAGGCGGUUGGAGCUGGACAUAAUGCAGAGCUAUGGGGAACUCACCUGUAUGGAAAUAGACCCUCCAGAAGAGAAAUCUGCAGACACACACUGUGAACGGGCUCCUCUGCAGGACCUAAUCCUUGUUUUGGACACCAAUAUUCUCCUCAGUCACCUGGAUUAUGUGAAAAAGAUGAGAUCUCAUGGCCUCGGAGCCAUGGGCGUCCCGAUAGUCCUGAUCCCCUGGGUGGUGCUUCAGGAGCUGGAUUCCUUAAAAAGGGGGAGAGGCACGUCGGGUUCUGUGGCGCACCUGGCGACUCCUGCCAUCUCUUACAUUUACAACUCUUUGAAAAAUCGGGAACCUCACCUGUGGGGGCAGUCGAUGCAGCAGGCCUCUGAGAGCAGCAAUGGUCUGAAUGCUGAGAAUAAUGAUGACAGGGUGCUGCAGUGCUGCCUGCAGUACCAGAGUCUGCACCCAGAGUGUGCUGUCAUUCUAUGCACUAACGAUAAGAACCUUUGCAGUAAGGCCCUACUGAGCGGAGUGAAGGCCCUCAGCAAGAAUGAUUUGGAGGCAGAGAACGGAAAGUCCAGCCAUGGCUUUCAUCCUCUGCAAAACAUUAAUACUCCAACCGUGCCCCGCGUCAGCCCUCACCUCUCAUCACCAAUGCAGAGCAGCAGCUACACACCAGCCCAGCCACGCAGUCGAGAGAGAACAGGCUGGUCUGUGGCAGAGAAAGAUAACCAGCGACUGAGCACAAGAGAGGAGGAAGAGAAGACAAAAUGGAACCCCAGAAGCGUUUGUGAGUUAGAGGACUGCCUGCGAGAGGUGCUGUCCGAUGUGUUAGAGGUGGAGAUGAAGGCCGCCUUUGAAGACCUCUGGCUAGAGAUAGUUUGCUUAAAACCCCCCUGGAGUCUUCGAGAUGUCUUGCACUGUUUGAAAAAGCACUGGAUUGCUGUCUUUGGGCAUGUUGUCCCACGGAGGAACCUGCAAACUGUUUUAAACCUCAUUGAAUUCUUCAACUCAGCUGGGACAGCAAACUGUAGCGCCGCUUCAGCAGCCCUCCAAGAAGCGAAGGAGCUCGUGACAGUAUUUGGGAAAAGUUCAGCACUUGUUCCCAGUGCCAUCUCAAAAAUGGAAAACAUUUACAACAACCUACAAGCGCAGUGGGAACCUCCUGGCUGUGAUAUUCUCAUGAAUGAUAAUGAAGAAGAAAAACAACCCACGUGUGCUCAGGCCUCUCACCAGGAAGUGUGGUCCCUGUUUGAGAACAUCUGGGCUUAUAUGUCUCAAAUAAGCUUGGAAGUGUUCAAAGCUCUGGGCUUUGACCCUCACACCAUGCGGGGUCCCCCAGCGGUGGGAUGUCCUCUGCCACCGCAGGACGCCGUGGUCUGUUUGCACAAGCUGUCCUCCAUGGCCUCACAGCUGCUCCAGGCCUUCAGCAGUGUCUUGUCAUCAGCCGCCGGUUUGGAGGAAGUUUCGGCCCUGCUCUGCAUCAUCCGCUCUAAUAAGAUUAUUGACAUGGAUUCCAGACUGACAGCAGAAGACCUUCUGGAUUGUUUCUCACAACAAGACUACAGGGUGAAGCUGAGCGUUGGAGGGAACCAGUUAAUGGGGCUUAAAGAGGCUCUGGAUUGUUGUAUUGGAACCACGGGACAACACAUCACCUUCCCCACAUCACCGCCCUGAUUGGACCAGAACCCGGGAGUCUGCAGCCAAAGAGAUGAGCUGAAUAAACUCACAUCUUUUACCUAAAUCAAACGCUGUUAUUUUGAAGGGGUUGCUGAUUAUACUGUGCCUGCGGUGACUGCAAUUGUUUACAUUAAAAAAAAUUAUUGUACCAAAAAAAAAACACACACACUGUUGGUCACACAAUGAAUGGUCGCUUUUGGCCGUUCUGACAAGAACGGAUGAGCCCUGCUUUCAAUGGCCUCCAAUAAUCUUUCAGCUACUUUACGGGUUCCAACAUAUUCUGCCAAAUCACAGGUGAGCAGGAACAUUUUUCAUUCUUCACCAUAUUGAAGAUCAUUAAGUCUGUAAAAAUAAUUUCUUACACAUAUUGUUUUAUCUUUUUUUAAAGUUCUUAUUAGUUAAAUAAACACUGGCUUCCAUUAUUUAAACAGUUUUUUGCAUAUGUGUGUAAACAUGAUGCAAAAAACAUUGAUAUUUCUUCGAACUUGUCAAUGUGACAAAGGAACAAUGCCUGAAGAUUUAGGUUUCGCCUUCGCCUCACUGAUCCCAUUAUAUAUUAUUUCUCAACUUCAGCGUAAGCUUCUGCUCGCUGUGCUCAAAGGAAUAAUACCUUUAUGUAAAUAGUCUUUGGUUUCAUGCUGAUAUAAACAAAAACAACGAUUGUACUCACAUAUCACACAACUUUGUGUCUUGAUUUAAAAACAGCUUUUUCGAUACAAAUAUAUUUUAUGUAAAAGUGUUAAGGUUUACAAUAAAUUAAAGGUUUUGUCCCGA